GAUUUCUCAGCAUGGCUGGCCCCAAAAGGAACAGAGCCGUAAUCAUUGUCAAUUAUCAGUUCUUUCAGGCCAAAGAAAGACUUACAUCACGAGAGGGGGCCAUGAGGGAAGCAAAGAGGCUUUUUAAAGCACUUUCCAAUUGCAAUUAUGACGUGAAAUUGUUUCUGGACUUGACAGUCGAAGAAAUAGAAGAAGUUUAUAAGAAAGAAAGCCAAGCAGAGCAUGGGGAUUAUUUUGUAAGCAUCCUUUCAAGCCAUGGAGAAGAAGGGAGCAUAACAGACUGCAAAGGACAAGCAGUACAGCUAACUCACAUUUACAAGAUGUUAUCACCUGAAAGAUGUCCACAGUUGGCAGGAAAGCCUAAAAUCUUCUUCAUACAGGCAUGCCGUGGAGGCAGAAUUGAUGACGGCGUCUACCUAGAAACAGACAGCAGCGCACCAGCGGCAGACUGUUUCUCACAUUACCUCUCUAUUCCUGAAAAUACUGCUGUCAUGUUUUCUUGCAGUCCAGGCUAUGCUUCAUUCUGCAAUCAAUGGGAAUCCAUGUUCCUUAAGGCACUACUGGAGCUGCUAGAAGGAAAGGAGAGAAAACUGGCAGUCACCAGCCUAAUGACAUGGAUUAACUGGAAGGUUGCCUUUCAUUCUGAAGCAAAAGGAACUGAAUAUAAGGGCAAAAAAGAGAUGCCCUGCUUUGUCACCAACAUGGUGGAAAAGGCUUACCCUUUCAAACAAGAUAGGCAGCCCUCAGACACCUAUGGUCACCCCAACCCUGCACACAGGAUUCGGUCGUAG